GAGAGAGGGCCCCUCGGCUGGGUAUCUGAGUCUUGGGGCCCUGACCCCUCCCUGGGGCUCCACCCCCGUCUCCCCCCAGUACGAUGAGCUGCCCCACUACCCAGGCCUCGUGGAUGGCGCCGCAGCCCUGGCUGGCUUCACGGAGGCAGUGCCCUCGGCACCGAGAGCCCCGGGGCCCUACGGCCCGCACCGGCCUCCCCAGCCCCUGCCCCCGGCCCUGGACAGCGACGGCCUGAAGAGGGAGAAGGAUGAGAUCUAUGGGCACCCCCUCUUCCCCCUCUUGGCCCUGGUCUUUGAGAAAUGUGAACUGGCCACAUGCUCCCCCCGCGAUGGGGCCGGGGCUGGGCUGGGGACGCCCCCGGGUGGAGACGUCUGCUCCUCUGAUUCCUUCAACGAGGACAUCGCGGCCUUCGCCAAGCAGGUCCGCUCCGAGAGGCCCCUCUUCUCCUCCAACCCCGAGCUGGACAACCUGGUCCACGACCUGUGCGACAACUUCUGUCACCGCUACAUCACCUGCCUCAAGGGAAAGAUGCCCAUCGACCUGGUCAUCGAGGAUCGGGACUGCGGCUGCAGGGAGGACCUCGAGGACUUCCCAGCCUCCUGCCCCAGCCUCCCAGACCAGAAUAAUACAUGGAUUCGAGACCAUGAGGACAGCGGGUCUGUACAUUUGGCGACCCCGGGUCCAUCCAGCGGGGGCCUGGCCUCCCAGAGUGGGGACAACUCCAGUGACCCAGGAGAUGGGCUGGACACAAGUGUGGCCUCUCCCAGUUCUGGAGGAGAGGACGAAGAGUUGGACCAGGAGCGGCGGCGGAACAAGAAGAGGGGGAUCUUCCCCAAGGUGGCCACCAACAUCAUGAGGGCCUGGCUGUUCCAGCACCUCUCGACGGGGCGACUGAGGAACAGAGAGGUUAGAAGACUUGCCCAAGGUCACGCAGCCAGCAGUGUGUUCAAAGGCAGGCCGUCCGGCCCUGACCACCGCACCGCAAGGAGCCCCCGGUGA